AUGGCUCCAUGCCGAUUCUUCGCAGAGGGGAAGUGCUUCUACGGAACGUCAUGCAGAAACUCCCACAUCUAUGCACCGCCCGAUUAUACUAUUCUGCCAAACUCCGAAUCUCGUCAGAACAUCUUGACCACCACUACAUACUCUCCAACUAAUGAUGUAGAAACGGAAGUGAGAGUACUAUCCACCAAAACCAUCAGCCAAACGAACACUCUGCAAGGCGAUACUCCUUCAUGGCAUGCUCAAGCCACUGGAGAGGAAAGAACCCGCAGCCGGUUUCCUUGCAUCUUCUUUGCCAGAGGUUGCUGCCAAAAUGGAAAGGAAUGCAAUUUCCUUCAUGAGAAGUUAGGCGCCGUGGAUGGCAUUCCAGGAGGAAAGGAGGACAAUCAACAGCAAGAGGUGAUAACUAAAUCCAUCCCGAAUCUACCAACAGCCAAUGCCUGUUCUCGCGAAAUAAACGGCGCCAUAGUCGACUACGGAGCCGGAGCGGAAGUAUCAAAUAUCAAACUUGCGUCGGAUUUCUCGAGCAUCGAAAUCACGGGUCUCGCAGCCGACGUGAAGCCAAGUACCGUCAGCAAAAUAUUGUUAGACUUGGGUCAGGAGAUCGAUGAAUCCGCUGUCACGUUCAAACCUUCUGGAACAUAUGGGUCGAUUGCCGAAGUCCGGGUUGAGGAUCAGUCUUUUGCGAGAGUUGUUGUCCGACGGUGGGAGCAACUAGCUGGGCCAAGGAGGAUUUCCAUCAAAGAAACGACUAGUACUACAGAAAGUGACACGACGGAGAAGCGGGUACAGCUCAGCACUGUCACUUGCACCUGGUAUCAACCUUCUCGGCUUGCCUGGCUUACCUAUAGCGAAGAAACAAAUGCCACGCGCGCCAUUGGUAUAUUGGGAGAAAUCAAAAUUCUCGACCGCAUCCCAAGUGUCAAUUACCAAGAGUUUACGUAUGCUGAUGGGGAAAAGACAUCUUGCACACUUUGCCUUGGCAACUUAGCUGGACAAACAACUCUGAGGGAUAUCCGGUGGAAGUUAUUUGGGAACGUUAGCCCUGAUAAGAUCACCCUGGGUGACCCAACUUACAAGUACUCGGAUGCAGAAGCGGCACAAAGGGUUCGAGGCUUGUUGGAGACCAAAGGAGAGCUGGACUCGUUUCAGUAUCACUUGGUGUCGGGAAGCGGCAAGGUCAAAGCAACCGCCGCAUUCUUGGACAGAGACUCCGCUGCCCAAGCUGUCAGAGACCUGCACAACACAAGCGUCAAAGCUUUGGCUAGUACGAAAAUCUUCGCCAACCACAUUGUCUCUGUCAAGUACAAUAUCCCAACUCUUAUCACCAGAGCACUGAAAGUGGAGUUGGACCAGCUUGCAAAAGAUUUCUGGCGAAGUGGUCAUGUUCAAUUAAAGAUCUACCAAGAAGAUCCUUCGAAAUCUUUCACAACAGCGCGUCUUUACUGGGAGAACUUGAAGAACGUUCCAGGGGCCAAGGUCCGACUAGAGAAGCUAUUAGCAGGAGUUCUGGUCAUGAAGGGCGAAGAGCCACUGUGGGACAUCUAUUUCCUCAAAUCUGCUGCACUUGUUGACCUUGCGGCACUCGGAACCACACAUCAAAUGUACAUCCUCAGAGAUACCUGCAAAUCUCAGUUAAUCAUGUACGGCGGGUCUGUUGAUGCCCGGAAGGAAGUUCAACAAGCGUUGGUUGAGAAGGUUGAAGCACUGCACGAGCAGGAGCACACCAUUGUUCUGACACCACUCCUGCUCAAGCAAGUAAUGCAAGGUGGAAUGGAAAGGCUGAAGUCAACGUUCGGAGAAUCUGUGAGACUUAAAGUGGGUUUUCAUUCAAGUACUAUCACAAUCACUGGUUCUAAGGACGACUUGCGCCAAGCUCGAGCGCUUCUCACUGACAUUCCGUUGGGCGAAGGACCCGAGAUGUCGUCCCAAACUACUGACAGCUGUGUUAUCUGCUGGACAGAAGCAGUAGAGCCAGUCCACACAACAUGUGGGCAUAUCUACUGCAGGGAAUGCUUCGCCAACCAAGCCUCUUCAGCAACUGAUGCCGAAAUCCCUCUGCGGUGCAUUGGCUCAGAAGGUGCAUGCAAACAGGUUUUCAGUAUUGCUGAUCUGGAGUCAAUGUUGUCCUCACCGUCCUUCGAAUCUCUCCUUCGGACUUGUUUUGACUCCCAUAUCCGCACUCGACCCGAAGAGUUCCAAUAUUGCCCAACACCGGAUUGUGCCCAGAUCUACCGUCCAACCACAACCGGCGAGACAUUCUACUGCGCGACAUGCCUGACCCCAAUAUGCACAACAUGCAAUGUCAUCAGUCAUGAGGGAAUGAAUUGUGAGGAAUGGACGGAAAUGGAUUCAGAGGAUAACAGAGCCUUUCGACAGUAUAAGGAAGAACACGGCGUGAGAGACUGUCCAAACUGCAAAAUGGGAAUUGAGAAGACCGAGGGGUGUAAUCAUAUGGAGUGCACACGGUGUAGCGCUCACAUUUGUUGGUUCUGUAUGGAGACCUUUAAGUUGUCAGGGGAGUGCUAUGGGCAUAUGACGGAAAUUCACGGGGAUAUCUGGGGCGAGGGUGAGGGUGAGGGCGAGGGCGAGGGCGAGGGCGAUUUUUUCUAG